AGCAGACGACAGCUUCAGUCUGCACUUCGUACAUUUUAGGAGCGACUAUGAAUGUAUACAUCGAGCCAUGGCAACAAGAAGAAAUGAUGAAGAAAGUCAACCCUUUCUUUGGGAGGAAAAGGGACAGGGUGAUUACAGUCAAACUGAAAGAAAUGAAUAUCGACGAAGGUAUCGUUUGGCUCUACUGGUUGUGAUCGUGGUUGUGUUUUUUGCUGCUCUCAUUGUGGCAUUUUAUGUGUGGGGCGCUUCUACCAACAAGAGAACUUCUGAUCCUUACGCAUAUAAACAUGCAGCUGUAGCUUCUGAUGUAGCACAAUGUUCUACAGUGGGAAAAGAUAUAUUACUUUUAGGAGGUAAUGCUGUAGAUUCGGCCAUUGCAACCCUCCUGUGCAUGGGUAUUGCAGAUGCCCAAUCCAUGGGUGUUGGGGGUGGAUUCUUUAUGACCAUCUAUAACAGGACAACCCAGAAGGCAAUUGUUGUGGAUGCUCGAGAAACUGCUCCAGGACUAGCUAAUGAAUCGAUGUUCGAGGGAAAUCCUGCUAGUUCCAGCAUAGGGCCUCUCAGUAUUGCUGUUCCUGGAGAGAUUCGGGGUUACUGGCUGGCACAUCAGAAUUUUGGUAGUAUGCCAUGGAAAGAGCUCUUUUCUCCAGCUAUCAACAUGGCCAGGAACGGUUUUCAAGUACCUGAGUCUCUAGCAAGUGCCCUCCAGACUGCAUCAAGUUAUAUCAUGAAUGAAACAUCUCUCAGGGAAGUAUUUGUGAAUCCAAAUACUCAGCAACUUUACAAGCAAGGGGAAUCAAUGCGACGCCCACAACUGGCAGACACCCUGGAAAAAAUUUCAAAUGGUGGUGCUGCAGCAUUGUAUGAUGAUGGCCAGUUGUUAGAUGACCUUAUUGCAGACUUACAAGACAUAGGUUCCAUCAUCACAAAAGAGGACCUAAAAAACUAUACAGCUCUGCUGAAAAUUCCAAUCAAUGCAACUCUGACUGAUGGAGUGACAAUGUUCUCCCCUCCACCUCCAUCAAGUGGAGUUGUGCUGUCAUUUAUGCUUAAUGUUUUAAAAGGUUACAAGUUCACACCAAAAAGUAUUGAAGAUGUCAGCAGCUCAGUUCUUACAAUGCAUCGGAUCAUUGAGACUUUUAAGUUUGCCUAUGCCAAGCGUACUGAUCUUGGUGAUCCAGAUUAUGUUAAUGUUACUGAUCUGAUCGCAAACUUGACAUCAAAUGAAUAUGCAGAUGCCAUCAGACAGCUCAUCACUGACAACACAACGCACAAUAUCUCUUACUAUGGACCAACAUUUUACGAUCGUUUAACUACAGGUACUGCUCACCUGUCGGUGGUUGAUGCCGAGGGAAAUGCUGUGGCAGUGACAAGCACAGUUAAUGCCAGGUUUGGAUCCAAAAGAAGAGGAUCUCGCACAGGAAUCAUAUUUAAUGAUGAAAUGGAUGACUUUUCAUCACCAAACAUUACAAAUAUUUUUGGACUCCCACCCUCACCUGCAAAUUUUAUAUUCAAAGGUAAACGACCAUUAUCCUCUAUGUGUCCCUCCAUCUUCACCAACCCAAAUGGCAGCGUCAGACUUGUGGUAGGGGCAGCAGGUGGCACAUACAUCACUACUUCAACUGCUUAUGUAGCAGUGCGACAGCUGUGGCUAGGAAAUUCAAUGGAGCAGGCUGUGGAAGCAAGACGCCUUCAUCAUCAGCUGCUGCCAGAUUAUAUCACAUACGAAGAGGACUUUGAUAUGGCUAUUGUGAAGGGCCUUCAAGCUCUUGGCCAUGAAGUACAAAGUAUAGCACUGGGAAAGUCCAUCAUACAGGCCAUCUCGGGUGAGGGUGGCAUGCUACAUGCAGUCAGCGAUUUCAGGAAGGGCGGACACCCAGAUGGAUAUUAACAACUUGUUGCAAGGAUACUAGUUGGAAGAAGACAAAUAAUGUAUAAUUCAUUACUUUGAAUUUUUUUUUAGCUGAAACCGGUUUCUUCUGAAGAAACAUUUGCUCGCGAGUUAGUAACAUUGCCUGCUAUGACAAAUGACCAACUUCAUUAAUCCUGCUGGUUAAUUAUAUUCAAGAAGUGUGCUCAGUCAAGAAAGUUACAGAAAUACAGACAGAACAAGUGCUAUUUACAAAAUAGCGAUAUUUUGUUUCCCUUAAGAACAUUAUAGCCUAUUAUGAAGAUGAAUAGCCAGAACAUUAAUUUGUGAUC